AUGAGCCUGCCUGAUGAAGAGUCUUCGUUGUCCUCCAAGUUGGCAGGAGGCGUGGCUGAGGGCGCUGCUGGCAACCCUCCAAAGCCGCCUCUUGAGGUUAGUGAGGCGCAAGCGGUGCCGAAUGAUAACCACGAUGCAGAACAGGUCGGCAAGACACAAACGCCAGCAACGAAGUUGUGUACAGGGGAAGCGGUUGGAGAAGGGGCAGACAAGUGUGAGGCCACUCUGAAUCCGCCGUUGCGCACGCGGCGGAGCGUCACAAAGGACCGUAUCGAAGUGCAAAAGCCGAACAAUAUUCCUCGUUGCACGGUGUGUGGUGAGGAUGUCCCAGUGCGUGAGCGACUCGAUUACCGGGAUCGUCUCCGUUUUGUUGAGUGGCUCUCCAAGCAUCUGAGCAAACUGCACGACCUUGUCGUACAGUUGUUUAUCGAAUUUUUUAUGUGGGCCCUUGUGAAUAUUUACUUCCGUGAGGUGACAGUUGUGAACACGGAAAGCAUCCCAAAGACUGGCGCGGUUGUGUUUUAUGGCAACCAUCAAAAUCAGUUUAUAGAUGCCUUGCUGAUUCGAGCUAAUUGUGGGCGCCCCGUGCGAUUUAUAAUGGCGGAAAAGUCAUUUCACCGCCCCAUCAUUGGACAAUUUGCACGCAUGAUGCAUGCGGUUCCAGUUGUUCGUCCACAGGAUGUUCCCCUCAUACCUGGAGAAGGAUCUCUGACACGCAUGGAUGGCGCCAUCGUUCAUGGCGAGGGAACCAAGUUCACCACUUUGCUUCUGGACGGCGAUGUAAUCAUAUGGUGGAAAGGGACAAUCAAGUGCACGGCACAAGUACUUCACGUUAACUCGGAUACAGAGUUGGAACUCACGAUGCCGGUUAUGCCGUCAAAUGUCGUAGGGCAGCCCACACCGUUUAGGAUUUCCCGCCGCAUUGAUCACUCCGUCAUGUACACCAGCGUGUACGAGACGCUGCAAAACGGUGAGUGUAUAGGCAUUUUUCCUGAGGGUGGCUCUCAUGAUCGUACCUCGCUUCUUCCACUCAAAGCCGGUGUGGCGCUUUUCAGCCUUGGGGCGGCAGAGCGAGGAGUCAGCGUUAAGGUGGUGCCGUGCGGGUUGACGUACUUUUAUGGACAUAAAUUUCGCAGCCGCGCCUAUCUUGAGUUUGGCGACCCCAUUACGCCCUCCGAGGAGCUUGUGGCGCUCUUCAGCCGCGAUAGACGCAAGGCGACUGGUAUAUUUUUGGAACACCUCAACGCGGAGUUGCGUGGGUUUACCAUUAAUGUCCCUAACUGGAGUGCUCUGAACUUUCUGCAUGGAUUUCGUCAGUUGUACCAGCCCCCAAAUUGCAUUCUGGCAACACGGGACUACCUGCGCCUGGCUCGCCGCCUCAGCGUCAUCAUGGAGGCAGAAAAGGACAACCCAGAAUUUAUCGAUUACCGCAACCGUGUAGAAAACUAUCGGGACUACUGCAACGCCCUUCUCGUGCGUGAUAGUCAGGCCGCCACCCUUGGGAAAUUGGGGUCCAUCGAGGCACAACAACUGCAGCUGCUUUUCCGUCGCUCCUUUACUUUAUUUUUGAUGGGAGUUAUUCUUGUGCCAUUCUUCGUUGUCUGCCUUCCAAUUGGGAUCCUGGCGAGUUUAUUGGCAGAUCGUCAACGGAAAAAGGCUCUUUCCGAGAGCACUGUGAAGGUUAUGGGUGUCGACGUGGAGGGGUCCUAUAAGCUGCUUGUGGGUUUUUUUAGUGUCCCGCUUGUAUUCACGUUUGUUUCCCUGGUGACUUUUUUCUACACGGAUCUUCGCACAGCCCUAACCGUGUUCUUUAGCCUUCCCAUGGCGAUGUACGUUUCUCUCUUGAUUCUUCAAGAGGCCAUGAUGGAGUUGCGCGCGGCCCUGCCGCUGUUGAUGUCCGUUAUAUCGAAGCACAAGCAGUUUAGGAAGUUGUACGAGCGUCGUAAGGCGUUGGUGGCGCUCACAAAUGAGCUCGUUCGCAAGUGGGAUCCUGAGCUGGCAGAGGAGGUGCAGACGUACGUGCGAGAGUCGAAUUGCGACAUGAAACGGCGUGAACCCUCACUUUUUUCGUUGCGCCACAGCAGCCUUCGACGGCUUGCCGACAAAAAUAACUGA